UGGAGGAUAGCUGUCACAGGAAAGACCAGCAGGACAAACACAUUAUCUUUACAUACCCCCUCCCUCCAAGUGUUCCUUUUGAAAUUAGCGUUUACCAAAAACUGGGAUGACGUGCAGAGCUACCUGAUCUCAUCCGACCGUACAUUCCUACUCUCUGAGAACGAUGCCAUAAAAUUGGAGCUCAGAGAUACCAAGAGCCGACAAGAGACUUUGAUCAAGAGCCUCCACCUGUCCCUCCAUUCUGCUGAGCAGGAGAACAAGAGCUCCAAGCUCACAUUCCAGCAGAACCUCAGGCUGUCUGAGGACAAGGUACACUUUGAGGGACAGGUCCUGUAUUUGCAGCACAAUCUCAUGGGCUCCAAUGAGAGGACUCAGAGUGUGCAGAAAAUCCUCUGGGUCUCUAACAAGAGGCUCCAGUCCCUUCAGCAAGACCUGGAGGAGUCUGAGAAGAGAGGCCAAAGUCUGCAGAAAAUCCUUGGGGACUCCCAAGAGAGGACCCAGUCUCUGCAACAGAACCUGGCUUCCUUUGAGAAGAACACCCAGACCCUCAGCCAGAACCUUAGCGCUUCAGAAAAGAAAGUUGAGUUCCUUCAGCACAAUAACUGGAAGUCUGAGGAAAAGGUCUCUCUCCUGCAGCAGAGCCUGAAGUUUUCAGAGGAGAAGGUCUUAUCCCUCCAACACAACCAGGGGGCCUCAGAGAGAGCCCAGUCCCUACAGCAGAGCCUCAACUCCUCAGAGGAAAAUCUCCAGUCAACAAAACAUUGGCUCAAGGCUACAGAUGAGAAGGCUAAAGUCCUGAAGGAGGCUCUCAGAUCUUUAGAGGAGAAGACCCAGUCCUUACAGGAGGCCCUGGGGGUCAGCGAGAGGCGGAUCAGGGCAGCCAAGGCCCAGCAGCAGUCUGGAGAAAUGCAAAGAUGAGACGGAGGAGAGGAUCAAGGGUUUCUGAGGAGAAGCACCACAGCAUAGUGCCGGACCUGCAGAUGGGUCUUCAGAGUGCCAGGGAGAAAGUGGAGAUUCUGCAGGAUGCACUGGACAAGACUGAGUCUGGGCAUGUGAGAGGUGGGGAAGCUUCAACAGAAACUGAACAGAGCUACAAAGAAAUUGUCUUCAACAGAGCAAGAGCAGCACAGCCAGAUUGUUGCCUUGAACACUCAAUUGCUGGAGGAGCAGUCAAAGGCAAACAAGGAGCUUGAGAGAUCCGUUAGAUAUGAGAAAGAGCUGCAAGACACUAUCAAGGAUCUCAG